CAAAUAAAUCUAGAAAUCCUAAAUAGGAUUCCCCCUCCUAUCCAACUUCCGUCAAUACCCCAAACCCCCCCGCCUCCCUGCUUAGGAUAGGGGGCUCAGGUUUAUUACUUCCCGGUUUUUUUGAUUUUUUCCCUAAAUAGAAACAACAAUGGAUCUCUCUUCCUCUCCUUCUACCAUCACGAUGACGAUGAUUCUGAAUUGAUGAUGAUGGCGGUUAUGGUGACGGUGCAGCAUUAGUUGUCUGUGAAUUCCGCAGAUAGAGAGAAGAAUCUUUUAUCGAAGAAAGAUUAUUUCGGAGGCAAAACAAAAUGUGUGUGAUUCUUGAGGGAGGAGAAGACGAGAAACGGGUUGGUUUAAUCGGCGGGGUGUUUGUGCCGCCGCCCAACUUCGCGGCGGUGGAAGAUUUCUGCAUUUACAGAUCAGGGUUUCCGCAGCCGUCUAAUUUCCCCUUUAUUCAAUCCCUUAAUCUUCGCUCUAUCAUAUAUCUGUGUCCGGAGCCUUACCCUGAAGAGAAUAAGGAGUUUCUCCGCCUUAACAAAGUUAAGCUUUUCCAAUUUGGGAUGGAAGGCACCAAGGAGCCAUCUGCUAUCCCCAGGAGUGCCAUAACAGAGGCUCUCAAAGUCUUAAUUGAUGUGAGAAAUCAUCCAGUGCUGAUCCAUUGCAAGCGUGGAAAGCACCGAACUGGUUGUCUCGUGGGGUGCCUGAGGAAACUGCAGAAUUGGCGUCUGUCGUCUGUGUUGGAAGAGUACAAACAUUUUGCUGGCGUGAAGUGGAGAGAAUCUGACAUUAGGUUUCUCGAUGAAUAUGAUGCUUCUUGCAUCCGGUAUUCCCUUCAGAGCAUCAUCUACCGCUACUAUGGCUCAAGGAAGAGGCGCUUACUGUAUGGAGGAGAAGAGAGUGUACAGAAGCCCAGGAUCACUUCAGGAAAAGAAAUAUCAUCAAGAAAUCAACCCACCAAGGAGAAAAGGAGUGACAAUUCCCUGCCCAAUCGUUUAAUGCUAUUCUUUCGGAUGAAGUUACUCAAGAAACGUUGUAGAAAAAUCCAUCUAUGUUGUUUGCUCACAAAUGGGAGAUGAAGUUUUUUGUGUGGAGUUUUCUCUUGCAAAAUCAAUACUUUUGUGGGGUUCACCGAAUGGUAGAAGAAAACAAAGCAGAUUGGGCAAAGUCGCGUGCGAAGGACAAAUGGCUGGGCGCGUGAUGGAAUGUUUUUCUGGUCCCUUUUUCUUUUUCUUUUUGUUUUGUUUUGUUUUGUUUUGUUUUUUCUUUCUCUUCAUUAUUUUUUUCUCUCUCAUAUAUGUAUCUGAAAAAAUCAAUAAAAGAACUCAUUCUAUUGAGGAUGCUUAAAACAACUUCCUA